AUGGAACACUAUAAUGUCGUGUACCCACCCAAGCCCUUAAAUCUAUCAUCCGAGGAAGAAUUUGCUGUUGAACAAAUCGCUGAUCGAUUGGUUGCAGAGACUUUACAUGCCAGUGAAGACUUUGCUGCUGAAGGUCACGUGGCGGAUCCAAGUUGCUGGAAGCGAGUGAAGGAGAAAGACAACAUGGUAGCGUAUCAGAAUGUAUCAGGUCUUUGUACUACUAAGCGCGGUCGAUUUUGGAGCGAAGACACAGUUGUGGUGACUGCUUCUCCACAGAAUCCUACAUUGUUUCCAACAGGUCACGGCUCUUUUGAAGACGCAAUGUUUAUCCAAAGUUUUCACAACGUGGAUGACUAUGACUCCAAGGAUGAAAGAGGUUUACAUCACGACGAGUUUACAAAAUUUGGAGCCAAAGAUGGCGCAGAAACCAGUGUGUUAGAAAAGUUUCGACCGACGAGUGUCCCGACAGUCUUCAUGCAUGGUUCAUUUCCAGGAACGGUGGAGGAUAUGGCACUUGCCUUUUUAGCAGAUACAGAUGAGCGUAGUCGAACACGAUUUAACACUAUCAAAGAGGCAGUUGUAGAAGAUGUAAGAAUUCUGGCACAGAUUCAAGGACCAACACAAGAAGAUCCGUUCCGAUUUCUUGGCAUCAAGUGGUGCACAAGUAUGCCCAGUCGAGCAGUAUCGCUGGUUGUGAAACCUCGCGAUUACUUGAUCAUUGAGGCCACUGGAAUGGCUUUUGACUCAAAUGGAGUUCGCUUUACGUACAUGCUGCAUCAUUCGAUUGAGAGAGAGGAAGUUCCAAAUUUCUGGGAGUUUGGGCUCAUGCGUAUAGUCUUCUCGGCUUGUCAUGUCAUGAAGCCACGCGAGGACGGAGAGACUGUGGAUGCAUACGCAAGAGGCUUUUUAAUUAGUAAUGACAGCUUAAGUGUCCGUCUUAACGUCACUCACUUCGCGGAAGGGCUUGUUGCAAUACCCGAUGCAUUAGAAGAAGCAUAUUUCAAAAAGCUUACGUGGAUGUUGUACGACCAGCGUCGAUGGAGUGCAAGUAGCAGCAGUGGAAGCGACUCGAGUAGCUUCAGAAGCAGCAAUAGCUCAGCUUCUUUAGUUGAAAAAAUCAGUAGCUGUCCUUGUUGCCAUGGAAAACUUUCGUCAAGAAGACUAGGUGUGUUUCUGGACAAGAGCUCCGGUUGCCGACUUUGUCGAAAAGUAGUAUGUCAUAAGUGCACAGUCAAGAAAUAUCUACCUGGUGAAGGUGCUCGUGGCCGUUAUAUGAAGAAGAUCGAACAAGAAUAUUGUUUAACAUGUUAUCUUAAAGCUAAACGACUGUCUGCUUGGCAUGUAGCUGUAGCGACGCUAUUGAAAUCGGCACCAUAA